CCACAGAUUUAAGCAGAAACGAUACAAUCCUAUCAUCAUUCUUAUCAAAGUUUCCGUGCGUCUUAAUUUUAAGUGAUUUCAAUGAGAUUUUACAUCCCUUACUUGAAUUAUAUAAUUCAAGGGAUGGAACACUCUUAUUUAAAUUCUUGGAACCUUUGGUUAAUUCUCUGAUUGUUUCGAGUGGUAUGGAAUUAUUUAGCAUAGGUGAUGAUACCUAUGCUGCGUACGCAAAGCAAUUGCAUAAAGACACGAAGAAUGUAUGA